GUGGCCCGAGGUGGCCGGGCUGCUGGGUUGGAAGCAGCGCAGUCCGACUCGUCCUAGCCCCAGGAUGGCGUCCCCACGGGAACUGACCCAGAACCCCCUGAAGAAGAUCUGGAUGCCGUACAGCAAUGGGCGGCCUGCUCUGCACGCCUGCCAGCGCGGUGUUUGCAUGACCAACUGCCCGACGCUCAUUGUCAUGGUGGGGCUGCCUGCCAGGGGCAAGACCUACAUCUCUAAGAAGCUGACCCGCUACCUGAACUGGAUUGGCGUGCCCACGCGGGAAUUCAACGUUGGCCAGUAUCGCCGGGACAUGGUCAAGACAUACAAGUCUUUUGAGUUUUUCCUUCCAGACAAUGAAGAGGGCCUGAAAAUCAGGAAGCAGUGUGCCCUGGCAGCCCUCCGAGAUGUUCGGCGGUUCCUUAGUGAGGAGGGGGGGCAUGUGGCGGUUUUUGAUGCAACAAAUACCACCCGAGAACGGAGAGCGACCAUCUUUAAUUUUGGGGAACAGAAUGGCUACAAGACCUUUUUUGUUGAGUCCAUCUGUGUGGAUCCUGAGGUCAUAGCUGCCAACAUCGUGCAAGUGAAACUGGGCAGCCCUGACUAUGUCAACCACGAUAGCGAUGAGGCCACGGAGGAUUUCAUGAGGCGCAUCGAGUGCUAUGAGAAUUCAUAUGAGUCGCUGGACGAGGACCUGGACAGGGAUCUGUCCUACAUCAAGAUCAUGGACGUGGGGCAGAGCUACAUCGUGAACCGUGUGGCUGACCACAUCCAGAGCCGCAUUGUGUAUUACCUCAUGAACAUCCAUGUGACGCCCCGCUCCAUCUACCUCUGCCGGCACGGGGAAAGCGAACUCAACCUCAAGGGCCGGAUUGGCGGGGACCCAGGACUGUCCGCCCGGGGCAGGGAGUUUGCCAGGAGUCUGGCCCAGUUCAUCAGGGAUCAGAACAUCAAGGACCUAAAGGUUUGGACAAGCCAGAUGAAGAGGACAAUCCAGACGGCUGAGGCCCUGGGUGUGCCUUAUGAGCAGUGGAAAGUUCUCAACGAGAUUGAUGCGGGCGUCUGUGAGGAAAUGACUUACGAGGAAAUUCAGGAUCAUUAUCCACUGGAAUUUGCCCUGCGAGACCAGGACAAGUACCGGUACCGGUACCCCAAGGGGGAGUCCUAUGAGGACCUGGUCCAGCGACUUGAGCCUGUCAUCAUGGAGCUGGAGCGGCAAGAGAACGUGCUGGUCAUCUGCCACCAGGCUGUGAUGCGCUGCCUCCUGGCCUACUUCCUUGACAAGGCAGCAGAACAGCUGCCUUACCUCAAGUGUCCGCUGCACACGGUCCUGAAGCUGACCCCCGUGGCUUAUGGUUGUAAAGUGGAGUCCAUAUUCCUGAAUGUGGCGGCCGUGAACACGCACCGAGACAGGCCUCAGGUAGCAGCCGGGUCACUGCUGGGGUGGUGGGCACGUUCCUGGGGGUCCAGACACAGCAACCACCAGGGCCAGGCCCAGCUGGGGCAUCUACUGAGUGAGCUUGAGUUCUCUGUCAGGGUGACGCUGUGGCCAGAACAGAGGCUAGAGGCCUACAGGGGGCAGGCGCUUCCAUGUCCCACCAGCCCAGGCCUCAUGAGCACCUGUCCAACUUGAGCACCUUUAAAAAGUAAAAAUGAAAAAUGUCCUGCUUUGUUGUGGAAAGGGCCAUGCAGAGGCUGAGGGUGUCUCGGUGCUGCGUAGAGACCUUCCUGCAGAAGGACACGUCUCUGUUCUGUGUUCCCCCAGCGUUAAUGAUAGAAGCUCCUUGAAGUGUUGCCCAGAAGCACUUCAUGCCCGUGUGGGAUCCUUCUGCCAUGUUGGUUUCCUCUCCCACUAAGGCCAAGAGCAGGACCGCCCCUCUGGGCCCCAUUCCCAGAGUCUGUUGCACCAGGAAGGCUCCUGGGACCUUAGUCAUGCCUGCUGCCACCCACAGUGGGACGUGCUGGGCCUUGGGUCCCUGCCCAGGGUGCAGGCCUUGGGCCCCACAGGCUGAGGUGUGUGGAUGUGUCCUCCUAUUUCCUAAGGCUGCUUCCCCUCACCAGAACCAGUCGUUGUGUAAACCUCUUCCCUGUUUGCCCUGAGAGUCCGAUGAAGGCCCAGUCUGGCACACACAGGUCUCAGGGGAAGAUGUCCCAACAGGCCCCUCGUACUGAGGAAAGCCCAGAAGGUGUUGGGCCCCCAGCACUGAUGGGGUGAUGGUGAAAGAGGCCCCUGGACCCAGCAAGCAUCAGGGGCUGGCGCCCCGGUCCAUUUGCAGGAGCCAACAUGGCCAUGGGGUAGUUGGCAGGCACCCUGCCUGCCUCUGGGUAGGCACUUCUGAGAGGCAAACUUCUGUUGGCCACAGGUUCUGGGAUGGUUCCUUUUAAGGUGGGCAGGAUCUCCAGGUCCUGGCCCAUCCUUGGGGACAGGUUGUGGUGAGAAAGGGGCCCUUGGGAAGCCUGCCCCCAGUGAGAAUUGCACCUGCCCCUACAAUUCCAGUGGCCAGCCCUGUGAACUCAGGAGUGUGGCCAUAGGGGACAUGAUUCCCUCCCUGAAGAUCUGGGCUGUGGCCCAGGUCAUUGGUGACCUGCUCCAUUGGGCCACCAAGAUCAGGGAUCACAUAGGAUCACAUAGUCUUACAGAGUUGAGGGGAGUCUCUGACCCCCAUCCCUUAGGCCUGAGAUGCCCUGAACUCAGCCGGCUGUGGACAGAACUGGGCUCUGCAGCUGAGGCAGGGGAGGGGUGCUGUUCGGGAGGUGCAAGGGGCCUGGUGCCCCAGCUCUCAGAAACAGGAGGUGUCCACAGGCAGCUGGGGCCAUAUCUGACACCUGUCCACCGACACACUGACAUAGCCGGGAGGAGGGCACCCUCAGGAGCUGGUCCCCUUCCCAGCCAGCUGUUUCUCCCCACCUGACCCAGACCUGAGGCAGGAGGCGGGGAUGGCCUCACUCUGGGUAAUGCCUGACCUGCCUGCAAGGAGCAAGCAGGAACCGGAGGUGUCCUCCAUCCCCCACCUUUGUUCUGGUGUUUGUCACCCACCACGUGUCAAGAAGCUCUUGACCCCUGGCUCUUAGGAAAGGUCGGGGUCUAAGUCCUGUGGCCGGGGCUCCUCGGGCUGAGAAUGUGAGUCCAGCGGCUAUAGCGAUGAGCGAAGCAGGUAGUGGUGACUGUCUGUCCUUGGCAAAUGGUCAGUGUUCUGUGUGUUUAAUUUUGUGCAGAAUGUAGACAUCUCUCGGCCUCCGGAGGAAGCCCUUGUCACGGUCCCUGCUCACCAGUGACCGUGUGUCGUCCACUGCAACCCCCGGGCAGGUGUUGAUCUCUGUGGACGAGGUCAUUCCAGGCCCUCUGGUCUGUGUGACAGUCACCACACAGGAACACCCUCAAAGCCAUGCAUGGCUGGUGGCACCCAGAAUCCCAGUCCCAGCCCACCUGUUUCCUUGUUGACAGUGUCAGGGUUGUAUGCGGUGCCCAACCUGCUGCUAUAAACCACUUGGCCUGACUGCGUCUGCACCGGGCCGGUGAGAGGUUUCCCAGCCCCUGAUCCUUCUGUUCUUUCUCACCGGCCUGGUGGGCUUUGUGAAGUGUGAAACCCAAAAAUGUGAAACGGAAAGCACUUGCUGUGAUGUUUCCACCCACUGAGGCCGAGCUGCCUGGGUAGACCUGGGGACCCCUGCCAGGGCUCUGCUGCCCUCUCUUUGGCCACUUCCUGAGCCAGAGGCAAGGUGUUCAUGAGCUGCUGCUGCCUCAGUAAGCGGGAAAGAGCCAUCCCCAUCCUGCCUCGCCAGGAACUGAAGAGCUUCCGCCAAGGCAGCCACCUCCACUGGCCAGACCCUUGAGUCCGUGCGUCUGCAUUUGUGGAUGCUCAGGAAAGCAGUGUGUUCACUUCAGCACAUGGGAAUGCACAGAAACAUGCAGGGAGCGGGGUGUUUGCGAUUACCCCUUCCCAAUUAUGCCUACACUGGAAUACUCGUGGGAGCUGGCAGCCAAGGCCACCCCUCUCCAACUGCUCUCAUGGUGCAACACGUAAAGAAAGACGUGAAGACGGGACAGUUGUAUGAGUCGCCCUUCCCAGUGCUCGAGGGAGAGGCUGCCCUCCCAUCUUCCUCUCCCAGCCAUGCCACUGGGCUACCUUGCCCGCUGCUGCCUGUGUCCACACAAGAGUGUACACUGGUGGCAGGGACCUGCAUUUGCUGUGAAGGAUUCGGAAAAGCUUGCAUGGUCCUGCAAAGCCUGUCCUGGCGUUUGUUGACCUCUACCCACGGAACUAAGCACGGGAAAGCCCAGAGCUGGAGGCAGCCUCCGGCCAGGGCAGGAAUUUCCCAGCUUCUGAUUCUUGUACACAGGAGCCUGAUGAAAACGACCUCGGGAAGCCUGCCAUCUGUCACGCCCCUGAGUUCUUUUGGGCCCAGGGAGUUGUGCUGGGCCGCGGGUUCCGGCUCCAUUUUGUAGCUGGGAGAACAGGCUGGCCAGGAAGUUGUGAGGCUGGGUGAGGAAGCGUGUGGAUUUGUAGUUGGAUGCGCUGCUGUCCACAGGUGGUGGUCCUUGGUGAAGUCAGGCCCCAGGAUCCUGUGUCCCUGGCCCAGGCUGAUGAUCUCUCGGCCUCGAGUGCCACAGCAGUUACGGACAGACAUGGGUGGAGAGAGAUCCAGGACAGAGCCGUGGCAGUACCCUCCUUCUGGACUUAUCUCCUGUCAGAGCCCCAGGCCCCUUAGACCCAGGGCCAGAGGACCACGCUACUGCCUUUGGGAUGUGGGGACUGCAGCCUUUGCUUCCAUGUCCGCCAGAGUAUUGAUGACUUUUGGUCAUGCUCAGUUGUUGGCCAUAGCAGGUCCCUUUGGUCAGCGGCACGUACAUCUAGAUGUCACCACCUCUCCAAGACCUCAGGCUAGCUGAGGUGAGACCAGCGAGGCCUUUUCUCUCUGUCCAGAGGGCAGCCAGGAGCUACUGGAGAUGUGUCACAAGGACUGGGAUGGGGCAGAGGGAAGUCUGGGAUCCCAGCAGGGCUCACCCGGAGCCAGCUCUGCAUGGGCAGCCAUCCACCUGGCUGGCUGCCCGGUUGUAGCCGGGACGGUUGAUGUGCUCCUGUUGCAGACAUGUUUCCUGCUCGCCCUGGAAUGGAUGUUGUUGGAUCUCAGCCACAUAUCACACUGUGUCCAACAUUCUUUGCAAUAAAUACUUUUUUAAAAAAGAACAAUCUAAGGUGUUGUGUGGCCAGCUCGCCACUGGUGAGGUUCUUUCCAGCGGCUCUGCAAACCCCUGUGCUGUGCUCCCUCCCAACAGGUCUGUAUGGACCCUUGGUCCAGCUCCCACCCCCAUGACUACCCAUCCCUGGAGCGGAAACUGUCUUGCCCUGGAGUGAGCCCUGGGCAGGGCCCGGGUUUUCUCUGGGCUGACCAAGGUUGCUGGGCCCUCACCACUGAGACAGAAACAGACAUGGGGGGGAUCUGGGGUCCCUGGAAAUGUGGGUCCCAAAUACUGGCAUCCCUGGAGAGGGGAACCAGAGGCUGGGUCGAGGAUGGAGGGCCUGCAUAAGGCUGUGGGUGGAGCGUGCUGGCUGAUUCUCUGGUGUUCUUUGUUACUUCUGGCGUGGGGAAGGUGGUGACAAGAGACACCCUUUCCUAUGCCUCAGAAUUUUUUUUUCCUUUUGCAUUUAAAAAAAAAUUUUAUUGAAGUAUAGUUGUUUUUUUUUAAAUAAACUUAUUUAUUUAUUUAUUUUUAA